CUCCAUUUCCUUCUCCAUAGAGUUCUAUAGGAGUAAACUUCCCUUUGCCUCCACCUCCACCAGUGUUUCCAAAUUAUCAACCACUGGGAGUUCCUGUACCACCUGGAUCUGUUCCUCCAGUAUUUGCACAACCCCCUGCUAAUAUAAUGCCUCCAUCAUCUCACAUGUUUGGUCCAGUGUCCUGGGGAACUCCAGUGCCUAAACAUUAUUAUCCUGGCUCCUAUCCGGGAAAUGUGUCUCUUGCAGGAACUAUACCAGUUGGUUCCCACAACCAGUUUAUACCUCUGCAGGUAACUAAAAAAAGGGCUGCUAGCAAGAAAAACUUUGAGCUCAAGGAGUUUCAGAGUUCCCCUCAAGCUGCAUCACUAAAGAAUGAACAGCCAGUGUCUUCUGACCACAAUCAGCAAGAUAGUUCUUCAGCUCCUUUAAAAUCUCCUCAAGCUGCUCAAUCCACUGUUUCAUUUCAAGACAAUGUGGCUACUCCAAGCGUUCCUCAUAACAAAUCAGCACCAAACACUUCCAGCAAGCGAAAGCCGAGAAAGCUGGCUGUCAAUUUUGGCGCACCAAAAUCUUCAGAAUAAAUAUGGUAGCCAGGUGUAUUUUACCUUUAACUCUUCCCCCACUGUUAUGUUCUAUCUUUUAAAAAAAUCAGAAAGCUCUAUUAAAAAGACCAGCCACUUUAAGUGUUAUGAAAUACAUUUUAUUUGCUAUGAUUUUCAGGUUGUAAUGAAAACUAUAAAAAUUAUGUUAAAACUUAAUUAUUUUGACUUAAAAUAGCAAAAGCCAGGAAAUACUGAGUUAAGGUGAUCAUGCCAUCCAUUGUGCCUAGGUUUCUAAACAGUGGCUUACAGUCCAUACUGGGUAAGCAGCAAUAACAGUGGCAACCUUAAUUCAGAAUUGCCCUGCUUUUUGGGAGGGAUAUGGAGCGGUAAUAAGUUGGGCAUCUAACAUUGCUUAGUAUGACAUUUUGCAUUCUAGCUUAUUUUUAAAUAGUGUAAUAAGACAGAAAGGAAAAAUUAUUUACAUGCAGCUUUUAUAUUGGCUCUCCAUGUCCUUCUGAGUUGCAUCACUAUGACUAAAGCCUAACUACAGUGGAACUGACAAAUUUAA